AUGGAGAUAGGGAGAAAUGGAUGGGGGAUCGACGAUUGGAGGAGGUUAUACCGUAGGGCGGAAGCUAGUGCAGUGAUGUUUGCAGGCGAGGAUCGAUUGAUAAGUGGACGGGAAGCUCAGGACAGUCGGGAGAGAAACGAGAAGAGGUGCAGGGAGGCAAAGGAACCAGGCACGACGGUCGUGGUACUGGGGCAACCAGCGAGAAGAACAGCACGCAUCUAUUUUUCUAUGCAAGGGGUUGACUACGAUGGAACGGGGGUCGAUGGAUUGCGCCGGGUUGCAAGAGUAGCGAGGAGUGGGAUAGUAGUAGUAGCAACGGUAGCAGCAGCAGAAGGAGUAGGAGGAGUAGGAGCAGCAGUGGUUGGCGGCGGCGGUGGUGGUGGUGGUGGUGGGAGCGAUGGUGGCAAUUGGAGUCGAGCAACGGGUCGGUCCCAGAAAUGA